UAUCCAUCACUUUUGGUAAUGCAGAUUAUAGGCACAUGUAGGGGCAUCUGCUUCUAUUUUGUUAAGGGAGAUUAUCCCUUAAUGAUGCAAGGUCCAGGUGUGCAUUUUCAGAUUUGUUGACUCAGGUAAGAGUGAGAUAGUAUUAAAGGCCAGUCACAUUAUGCUAUAGUUACAUUCAUGUUUUUGCUUCUCUGAAGAGCUGAACCACUCAGUGAAGAGGAUGGCAAGAAGAAAUGUCCUCAUUACAGGUUGCUCCUCAGGAAUUGGACUGGCAUUAGCUGUAAAAAUGGCAAAAGAUGAACAGAAAAGAUUUAAAGUGUACGCCACAAUGCGGAACCUGGCCAAGAAAGAGCCACUGGAGGAAGCCGCAGGUUCCAGGCUGGGCAAAACCCUCGAAAUUAAACAGCUGGAUGUCUGUGAUGAACAGUCUAUCAAAACUUGUGUGAAUAGUAUCCCUGACAGAAGGAUUGAUGUCCUAGUGAGCAAUGCUGGAAUGGGGCUCAUUGGACCUAUUGAAUGUCAGACCAUCGAGGAAAUGAAAACUGUGAUGGACACCAACUUCUUUGGCCUGGUUCGACUCCUGAAGGAGAUCCUGCCAGACAUGAAGAGGAGAAAGAGUGGGCAUAUAGUUAUAAUAAGCAGUGUUAUGGGAAUACAAGGCAUCUUAUUUAAUGAUGUUUAUGCCGCAUCUAAGUUUGCUGUGGAAGGAUUCUGCGAAAGUUUAGCUAUACAAGCACUCAAGUUCAAACUGCAGUUAAGUUUGAUUGAACCAGGCCCAGUGGUUACAGAGUUUGAAAGAAAAGUGUUUGAAGAUGGAAUGAAAAUGGAUCUUUCAGCUGCAGAUGAAGAAACAGCUGAGAUGUUUACUAAUAUUUACCUUAAAAAUUACAAACAGAUUUUCCAGAGCCUGGGACAAACUGCUGAAGAUGUUGCAGAGCAUACAGUAAAGAUAAUUCUUGCAGAAAAUCCACCUUUUCGCCAUCAGACGAACACCUUGUAUACUCCAAUGACAACUCUGAAGUAUGCAGAUCCAAAUGGAGAUCUACCCAUUGACAUAUUCUACAAAAUGGUUUUUCAGCAUGACAAAAUCUUCAGUGCAAGUCUCAACUUCAUCAAAUUGCUACGGUGGAGAAGCAGAAAGAGUUUUGACCUGGGAAAACCCUCACAAUAAGUACGAGAUUAUAUAGUGCAAAUUGGAAUUGUAGCUACCGAUGACACAGUAUGUUAUUAUUCAAAUGCCUUUGCUCUGUAAUUAACGAAAGGCAUGCAAGAUGUUUGUUGAACUUAGCUAAGAUAUUCAUUUCAAUGUGUAUCUCUUGAAUGUUACAGUUUGCAGAACCUUGCAAUUAAAAUCCUCUAACUAUAGUUUUAUUCUGUUUAGUGUUUGCUUUUCUGGAGAUGUUUUCUUAGGAACAUGAACACUGACUGAUAUUUGGGUUUUCAGUACUAAUCUGACCUCCUUCACUUGAAUAUAACACACACUGAGAGGUGUACA